UCACUAUUUUUAUUAUUACCAUUGUUAUUAUUAUUAGUAGUUUUAGUAUAGUUUUACUAUAAUAUUGUCUAUCAAUACGUCGGUGCCUGACAUGAGAUAAUUUAGUGUUAAUUUAUUUUUGAUUUUACUAGACAAUUUAUCAAUGAAUUAAAUAAAUAAAGUUAUGGGAAUUUUACAUAAAUAUUACCUUGAAGGGGAUGAUAUUUACGAAUGUAUUGAUUGCGGAAGUCAUUUAACAACCUCCAAAGAAUUAGUUUCUACCAGUUUUAGAGGCAGAACGGGUGUAGCAUGGCUCUUUACCAGAGUGGUUAAUGUUUCUGAAGGGCCUUUUGAGGAGCGUAUGAUGACAACAGGCCAACAUACCAUUGUUGACAUUUAUUGCAAUGACUGUGGAGCUAAUUUGGGUUGGAAGUAUGAAGAGGCUACUGAGGAAUCCCAAAAGUACAAGAAGGGCAAAUUUAUUUUAGAAAAGGCACUGUUGAAAAACAAUAAUCCGAAUUAUUCCAGUAGUGUUGAAGACGAUAAUGAUGUUACUGAUGAUUAACCUAAAACUACCCCAAUUCUAGCCAUUAACCAUUACUAUUUGGUUCAACACACUUAACGGAUUUCACACAUUUGAAUUAUCAUGAAAUAUUAUGACUAUUUACACAACUGCUUAUCUUAAAUCUAUGUAAUAGGUAGUAAAAACAUUCAAUGUAACACAUUAGGGGCGAGUGUUUUAACACCCGUUUAGACUACUUGUACAUACAAAGUAUAGAUAUAUUAGGUUCCAUGGUAAAGUAUAAAGUAU